AUGGAAAAAAGCGAGGAUAUUCCCAAUGAUUCUACAGAAAGUAAAGGGCAGCAGGAAGGACUCCAUGUGUCCAAGAAACUGCAGGAGGUCCACGCAAGAGGAAAAGGAGAGGAGGAGUAUGAAGGUGAUGAAACAAAAUCGGGAGUUUCGAUAAGUAUCACAGCCGAAAGUGAACACGAGGAGAGUGAUUAUGAAAAGAAGAAAAAGAAGAGAAGAAAAUACGCAUCCGAGGAUGAAUCAUCAGUGAAGAGUAGUAGCAGCUCUGCCUCGGAGUCGGAAGAUAAAGACUAUUUGAAAGUAACACUGGACCAAGAUGAAGCCACUGAGAGUACUGUGGACUCUGAUGAGGAAGAUGGGCACGAAUUUGGGGAGUCUGAAGAUGAGGACUCUGGAUCCAGCUCUAGCAGUGACUCUGAGGAGGAUUCAUCUGAAGAGGAAGACGAUGACGAGGAGGACUCCGAAAGCGAUGAAGACGAUAGCCAAUCCAAGAGCUCCUCAACGCAAAGUUCAUUCAGCAGAUCAGGGCCUAGCGAGUCCAGCAGCAGCAGCAGGUCAAGCACAAGAAGCAGGGGAGGCAGUUCUCGUGGAAGAGUGAGACGCUCCAGCCGGAAGUCAGUGGCGAGUUCGGACGCGUCCGGGAGCGAGAGGGACACCAGCUACAGGAAAACUUCAGGAUCCAGCUAUAAGAGCAAAACGUCCUCAGCCAGUCUUGAAAUAGAAGACACGAUAGAAGAGGUGUCGGAAGAAGAUGAGCAAACAGAUGUGGAGCAAGGUGACGCAAGCCCUGACGAGGCAGCAGAUAACGGAGAUGAUAAGGCCGCUCCUGAAACGUCUUCGGCCAAUGCAAGACCUGCUACUGCUAAAGAAAACAGGAAAGAAAAAUCAAGUGUUAGUGGUGGUGAGGGUGUGGAUGAAAGCACAGAGGAGGCUGCUAUGGAUGCUAGUGACGGGGAGGAGACCACCAGUAAGAACGAGUCUAGUUGUCUAGAGAGCGAAAUCAGCACUGCAACCAAAGGCACCAAGGGCACCAAAAGCACAACGAGUGCCACCUCGAGCAAAACCGAGGCUUCCCAUCACACUGGGACUCCAAGCUCUGACACCAACGGGAAGAGAAGGAAAAUGAGAAAAAAGGCCUCCCUGGAAGACAGCGAGUCACGGUCUAAUGAGACGCUGGAUACCGCAGAGUCGGAGACCACGGGCGAUUCCACCGCCUUUUAG